AUGAACUGUUCCAACACAAACUGGGUCCAUCUCUGGUACAUCUGGCUUGUGGUUGCCAUUGGUGGGCUCCUCCUUCUCUGUGCCAUUGUUUCUGUUUGUGUGAGAUGCUACUGCCUUAAUUGCCAUCCAGGAGAAGAUUCUAGUCCUCAGCCGUAUGAGGUUACAGUUAUAGCUUUUGAUCAUGACAGCACCCUUCAAAGCACCAUCACCUCCCUCCACUCCAUGUUUAGCCCAGCUGCUAGGCAAAUACUAGCAGUAGCUCAUUCCCACAAUGGAGUGCCAGCAGUGAAUCAUCCUGCCCGAACAGAGACUCCCCCAAUUGAUGAGGAAGCCAGACAUAUGAAUAGAUUCACAGUGGCUCAAAGUGGAGAAAGAGUCCCAGAUUUGGAGCUGAUGCCAGAGGAGAAAUAGGACUUCUCCUUUCUGUUAAGGGGGCUGGAUGUCAGCGCUGCGGCAAUUGAGAAAACUGUAGCCAUUUUACCUUUUGCUUUCAUUGUGCUUCUUUCUGCUUUCUGGGAUUUUAGAUGUAGAAGGGGGUAGGGGGGAAUAUUUGAGCAUUUUCAGUUAGCCAUAACAAUUUUAGCUAUGAGUGAACUCAAGAUAAAGUUUUGGUGGGCUGAGAAGUUGGGAGGAGAGCCUGUGUUUUGGAUUAAUUGGUGAAUGUGAUUUAUGAUAGUCUUUCUAAGAUGGGAAUUGCAACUUGUUACUUUGUAU